AUGCCCGAACGAACACCAGAGCCCCAGUACGUCACGAUCGACACGAGUGUGGGAUCCUUCACUGUCGAGCUGUACACGGCUCACGCGCCCAAGAACUUUGCCAAGCUCGCUGAGCGAGGGUACUACAACGGUGUCAUCGGAUUCAUGAUUCAGGGCGGAGACCCGACGGGAACCGGAAGAGGAGGCACGAGCAUCUACGGCGAGCGGUUUGCGGACGAGCUCAGCCCGGAACUCCGCUUCGUUGGCGCGGGCAUCCUCGCCAUGGCCAACUCGGGACCGAACACGAACGGGUCGCAGUUCUUCAUUACUUGUGCGCCGACACCCUUCCUGGACGGCAAGCACACGAUCUUUGGCCGCGUCUACUCGGGCAUGAAGACGGUGCAGCGGCUGGAAGCUGUGCGAACGGACGGCAACGACCGGCCGCUGGAGGAGAUCAAGAUCCACAAGGCGCGGAUUGGCAAGGACCUCGCCCCCGGCGAUCGUCUCAGCUUGACCCAGUAG